AUGGAUCUAAUUGAGGCCCUACAGCCUCAUCCCGAAGAUCGACUUCAUCUACGUCUGCAUCGUGCGCGUUCCGUGAUUUUGACAGCUGAAGAGCUGGUUGAAAUACGCGCGGCGCAACGAACGUUCGAGGGAGCAUAUAUCCGUACGGCGCUCGGCCAAUUCUCCUUUGCGCUCGUGGUGCUCAAGAUCUUCACGUCCGAAUUCUACUCCAUCGGCGCGUUGUUUGCGACAUAUGGAGCGGGCAUAUUGUUGGUGAGUAUGUAUCGGAGGCACGAGGGGAAUCGGCAAUUUUUCAGUGAAGUCGGAGAUGACGGGAUGGGAAGGAAGAAGUUUAGGACGAGUGGUAAUGCAGUUGUUGUAUUAUCUGCGUUGAGCCUUGGGGCUUAUGUGAGUUUGAUUGCACUUACAAUUCGCUUGGAUGGUUAA